AUGAGAUCGUCUUCUUUAUGUCUUGCCGUGAAAAAGAUGAAAAAGAAGGAGAAGGAGAUGAUCCUGACCGUGGCCUUACCAGAGAUAUCUGAGGAACUGUUGAUCGAGAUUCUGACAAGACUGCCGUAUGCGUUGCUCGCAUCAUCGACUGAUCUUGAUCACUCGGACACAACCGUCUCUGUAAUCGACCAAGACCUAGCCAUGUCCAAAACGGAAGGCUGCUUUGUGAGCGCUGCUCAUGGCUUGGCGUGUUUCAGAAUUGGGGAAAGUGUGCGAAUUUGUAAUCUCCACACUAGGCAGGUUUUGGAGUUGCCCGUGAUGUUAUUUGAAACCAAAGUGAAUUACAACAUGUGGAACUAUUUUGGACACGAUCCUGUUAAUGAUGAGUACAAAGUGCUUAGCGUAGUUUGGGAUCUCACUAAGGAAAAGAGAGUAGUGAGAUCAGAACAUCAAGUGUUGGUACUUGGAGCUGGAGCUUCAUGGAGAAAGAUUCAAUGCCACAUUCCUCACUGUCCUGGCUCGGGAGGAAUAACAAUUAACGGUGUAUUGUAUUAUGGAGCUACUCUUGAUGCAGACAGAUGCGUGGUUAUGAGUUUUGACUUGAGUUCUGAGGAUUCGAAUAUAGGUUUUUUUGAAAUUUGGGUUCUUGAAGAUGCUAAGAAGAGUCGAUGGUUAGACAAAGAGACUUUUGUUUUCCCUGUUGCUGAGAAUUUCAUCAUUACAAAUCAACAAAGGAUGGGUGGCACUAGUGGUACGAGGAAUGAUUCAACACAAAGCAUUAAGAUCAGACCAUUACGUGGUAGCUUUAUGAGAACCAGUCAGUUGGAGUCAACUUUUUGGGAUGAUAUUGAAAACAUCAUGUAUCUGGAAAUCUAA